UGAUAUAUACCCUGUGAAAUUGAACAAGAAAUUUCAAAACAACAUUAAAUCACUACACAUAAAGUAUUACUGGAAUUGAAUCAAUAGCUGAUGUUUAGCCAAAAGUAGCCAAUGGAACAAGAACAAUCUAUUAUAAUUGAAUAUUUAAAAUUUGUGCCAAAUUUAAACGAUCCCUUCUUACCAAAGAGCUGCCAAGAUCUGCAUUUCAAAAGCCAAAUCUUCCAGAUUUGGUCACGCCUUUUCAAAUACUUCCGGCUGUUCCAUAACUCAGUGGGUGAAACCCUCAGAGGUUCCAGCUGAAGCAGAAAGAAGGGGAAGCCAUGGGCAACUCACAGGGAGAGGAGCAGCUGGCUCAGCCAGCUGGAACUGAGGCCUGGGGUCAGGGAGCCAUCUUCAAAUCACGACUCUGGGAUGUAAACCAGAAAUCCCUCUACCUUCAGAACAAUGAACUAAUAGCCGGAUACUUGCAAGCUCCCAACUCUGCACUGGAAGAAAAGAUUUUCUGGAUCCGCAACCGGGCCUUUGGCCAAAAGAACUUCCCAGUCAUCCUGAGCAUUCAGGGUGGGAAGAGCUGCCUGGCCUCCUCUCCUGGCUCCCCACCUGAGCUGCAGUUGGAGAGCAUCAACAUCACAGACCUGUGCAAAGAUAAAGAGGCCUCCGCCCGCUUCACCUUCUUCAUGUCUAACAAAGACGGGAUAUGGCGUUUCGAGUCAGCUGUCCACCCGGGCUGGUUCCUCUGCACUUCUUCCAAAGCCAACGAACCCAUUGGGCUGAUCAAUGAUCCAGGCUCUUCUCAUCUGGUGGACUUCUACUUUCAGCCUGAGUCUUAGCUGGCCUCUCCACCUCCCUCCAAAGCACAAAGCCCACCCCUCGUAGUCUCACAGCUGCUCCUUUCUCUAAGUCCAAGCAUUUCUGCAGGGUGGGGUCACUUUUCAGGAGAACAAAGCGGCAGGGAAGAGAUGCCGUGUUUCUAGACUUAGCGGACACUCAUAGCUCACUUUCUGGAUUCAGAAAUUCAGGUUUUGCAGCUAGCAGCCACAAAAUUAUCUGCAGACCUCCAAAGCUACGAGUGCAAAAUAUGCCAGCCAAUUUAUGAGCUCUGGUUUCCCACAAAGGAAUUAAAUACCUUUAAAGUAACUGUAUUGACUGCAUUUCAUUCUAAUGAUUUCAAAAUAUGCAUUAAAUAAAAAACUCAUUUUGUCUUA